AUGUCAUAUAAUAACGGAGGAUACAGAGGUGGCUCAAGAGGUGGCUACGGUGGUGGUUCAAAAGACGGAGGUAGUUACGGUGGAGGUGGCUACGGUGGAGGUGGCUACGGUGGAGGUGGCUAUGGUGGAAGAGGCGGCGGCUACGGUGGCAGAGAUGGUGGAUAUGGAGGAAGAGGUGGUGGAAGAUUUAAUGACGCUCCAAGACAGGAAUUGGUUGCACCAGAAUGGGACUUAGAACAAUUGCCUAAAUUUGAAAAAAAUUUCUACACUGAACACCCAAGUGUUGCCGCCAGAUCGGAUGCUGAUAUUGAAGCAUUUAGAAGGGAAAAUGAAAUGAGUGUUCAGGGUCAUGAUAUCCCACAUCCAAUUACUACGUUCGAUGAAGCUGGUUUCCCUGACUAUGUUUUGAAUGAAUUGAAAGCACAAGGUUUCCCAAAGCCAACUGCUAUUCAAUGUCAAGGUUGGCCUAUGGCUUUGAGUGGUAGAGAUAUGGUUGGUAUUGCUGCUACUGGUUCAGGUAAGACCUUGUCGUACUGUUUGCCAGGUAUUGUUCAUAUCAAUGCUCAACCAUUGUUGAAACAAGGUGAUGGACCCGUUGUUUUGGUUUUGGCUCCUACAAGAGAAUUAGCUUGUCAAAUUCAAACUGAGUGUAGUAAGUUUGGUUCAUCGUCAAGAAUUAGAAACACUUGUGUUUACGGUGGUGCUCCAAAAGGUCCACAAAUUAGAGAUUUGGCCAAGGGUGUUGAGAUAUGUAUUGCUACACCAGGUAGAUUGAUCGAUAUGUUGGAAGCCGGUAAGACCAACUUGAAGAGAGUCACUUAUUUGGUUUUAGAUGAAGCUGACAGAAUGUUGGAUAUGGGAUUUGAGCCUCAAAUUAGAAAGAUUGUUGACCAAAUCAGGCCUGAUCGUCAAACAUUGAUGUGGUCUGCUACGUGGCCGAAGGAAGUUCAAAACUUGGCUAGGGAUUACUUAAAUGAUCCUAUUCAAGUUACUAUCGGUUCAUUAGAAUUGGCUGCUUCGCAUACAAUUACUCAGAUCGUGCAGGUUGUAACUGAGUACCAAAAGAGAGAUAUGCUUGUUAAAUACUUGGAAAGUGCAUUGGCUGAUACCAACUCCAAGGUUUUGAUUUUUGCUAGUACCAAGAGGACAUGUGAUGAUGUCACAAGUUACUUGAGGUCUGACGGAUGGCCUGCAUUGGCUAUUCAUGGUGACAAGGAACAACACGAAAGAGACUGGGUCUUGAAGGAGUUUAGACAAGGAAGUCACUCCAUUAUGGUUGCAACUGAUGUUGCUGCCAGAGGUAUUGAUGUUAAGGGUAUUACUCAUGUGAUCAAUUAUGAUAUGCCAGGUAACAUUGAAGACUAUGUGCAUAGAAUUGGUAGAACAGGUAGAGGUGGUGCUACAGGUACAGCUAUUUCCUUUUUCACUGAUAACAAUAAGAAAUUGGGUGGUGAUUUGUGCAAGAUUAUGAGAGAAGCUCAUCAAACCAUUCCACCUGAAUUGCAACAAUUUGAUAGAAGAAGUUAUGGUAGUCAUAUUAGAUAUGGGUCUGGAAGAGGUGGCCGUGGUGGCCGUGGUGGUCGUGGUGGUUGGGGAGGAAGAGGACGUGGUCGUGGUGGUUACUCCUCUGGUUCCAACACUGCUCCAUUGGGUAACCGUCGUUUCUAG